GGACAAAGCUGCGAAGACGUUUGCGAUCCGAAGGUGUGUGACCCUGGUCAGCAGCAAGACCUUCAGGGACAAGCCUUGAUCGAUGUAAUGGCCACCCUGGGAGUGAUCUGUGGUGGCAACUCCGACCCUCAAACUGCAGCAGAGAUACCACAGGUUGAAUCCGACCUGGCCCCACUCCUCAACAAUGGCGGCAAUUGCGAAGCCUCAAAGAAGCCCGAUUCCGACUCCAGGUGCAACCUUCCUUCGGGGACUUCAAGAAGACUUUGCUGCUGCGUGGAACAAGUACUAGGAGUAGUUAACAAUGAUCCCCACAUUCAUACUCUGAGAGGUGCGCAUUACACACUGUUGCAGAGUGGCAACUUUUUGGCAUGGAGCUUUUCCAAGGCUCCAGUGGAUUGGCGCCUUUUGGCCGCUUACUCCGGUGCGGAAUCGCGGUUCACCACUCAGUCGCUGUUGCUGCUGGAAAAGCAGAGUGGACUGACUUUGCAGAUGACAGCAGAAGACUGUGGGUGGCAGAUGAAAACAGAAAAUGGAUGGCGAGAAGUGCAGCCACAGUUGUUGUCCCAUGGUGCUGCGAACCUGGAAGUCCAGGAAGCUCGCAAACACACCCAGGAUCCUUUGAUGUUGGAGUCGGUGCUGGUUUUGCAGAUGCAGCAGCCAGGCGUCGGAAGCGUGAAUGUGGCCAGGCUUUUGACGCACUGCGGCCCCAAGAAGCAUUUGAAUUUCAAGGUGAAGAUGUACGCUACGAAGGAUUUGGACUAUGUGGGUGGGGAGCUUGGAGGUGCACCACGAUCACCACACAACCAGCACCACCUGAGCUUCUUGUCUGCCAAGCUCAACUCCAUGGUCAUGCAGAAGGAUACCGAGUUCCAGGUUUUGGGGACCUGGGCUUCAUUGGGUGGAAGUGAGGUGGCGGAAGAGUUUUUGAAGUCCAAACAACAACUUGGAACGGUUUUGGUCAGCACCGAGACGUGCACGGAAGCUGCAGAGCAAGAAGCUGAGACGAUUUGUGCCAAACACCUCCCUCAGGAUGACCAUCACGCAGAGGUUUUUGUUGACUGCAUCUACGAUGUCUGCCAUGGAGGGGGAGAAGCAGAUGCUCUGAGUGCAGCUGCGUUUAUCUCUGCUUAGUGCCAGCUAUUUUCAGCGUUUUAGAUUUUAAAUAUUGCAAGCACAUGACUUGCUUGGAGACUGGGCCAACUCCUCUUUUGGCCGUGAGCUUGUGCAUCUCGUGCCCCGUGGGCUUCGAUCGAUUUCGC